GACCUCGUGAUCCGCCCAUCUCGAUCUCCCAAAGUGCUGGGAUUAUAGGCAUGAGCCACCGCACCCGGCCUAAGGUUUUAAGAGACAUAUUCAUAUCCCUCUGAUGGAAGAUCUCUCAUAUUUCAGGUUUUGGUAAAAAGGUGUAUUUGUGCUACUCCUAACUCUCUUUCUCCCACAGUUGCUUCAGGAUUCAAGGCGUUUCAGUCGGGGAGGAGUGAUGGGAGGAGUGUGAGGAAAGAGGAGCUAAGGGAGGAAGGACAGGCCAGGAUUUGUUAGGGUGUUUGGGAUGUUUAGUCCUGAGCAAAUAGGGGAUAAGUUCCGCCCCUGGCUCCACCCUCUUCCUCCAAGGGCAACUGAAGGGCUGGGGCUGUUUCCUGCUCUAGAAUAUUCCAGUUGGGGGGCGAAACUCCCCUGGCAUGGGACAAGCCAUUAUGGUGGGGAGGGAUGAGUCUUCAACUUGUUCACAAAUACUUUUUUUGGUUCUAAGUCCUUCCGGACCACUCCUGUUUCUUUCAGCCUUCAAGGUCUCCCAACCAUGUGGCAGGUUCCCUUAUGUCCCAGUGGAGUGGCAGAGGCCUUCCUCACUCACUCCCUUUCACCCCUACGGUCUCUGGAAAUUGGAACAGUCCCAGAGUAAAAGCCUCGAGGGUUGGCCCUGCGGAUUCCUUUUCCGCGGAGCCCUAGGAGGGAGAGGCCCCCCUCUCUUCAGGCGUGUUAAGCAGCGGGGUUGGCCUGUACUUCCCCUGGCCCCUGGCUGAAGAGGUGAGGCCUGGUGGGAGGUGUCCUAGGGUAGGACAAGCCGGUCAGAGGGUCAUUAGGAGGGUCUUGUCGGGGGGGAGGGCGGGGGCAAGAAGGUGGAAGAAGACUGAUGAGGGGAGGGGCUAAGGGGGAGGAAAGGAACCUAUUGGCUGCUCCAUCCACACAGGGCUAGUGAAAUCGUUAAGCCCCUAGGCGAUCAUGGCCUUGAGACCUGAGGACCCCAUUAGUGGGUUCCGGCACGGAAACGUGGUGGCCUUCAUCAACGAGAAAAUGGCCAGGCACACGAAAGGCCCCGAGUUCUACCUCGAGAAUAUAUCCUUAUCCUGGGAGGAGGUGGAAGACAAGCUCAGGGCCAUCCUGGAGGACAGCGAGGUGUCCAGCGAGGUCAAAGAGGCCUGCACCUGGGGCAGCCUGGCCUUGGGCAUGCGCUUUGCCCACAGGCAGGGGCAGUUACAAAACCGCAGGGUGCAGUGGCUGCAAGGCUUUGCCAAACUGCACAGAUCAGCUGCGCUGGUCUUGGCCUCAAACCUGACGGAACUCAAGGAACAGCAGGAGAUGGAAUGCAAUGAGGCGACCUUCCAGUUGCGGCUAACCGAGACCAGCCUUGCGGAGGUGCAGAGAGAGCGGGACAUGCUGAGAUGGAAGCUCCUCCAUGCCGUAAGAUCCCCUGAAUGGUCCCUGUCCAAUGCCCCUGCCAUGCCCCAACCUGCCCGGACCCCCUGCCCUGUCCCCAGAAUGUGUUUCAGCUCUGCCUACUUCUCUCCAGGAGCUGGCAUCUCCCCAGGGACAGGGCCAGGCUACAGUGUUUCCAGGCCUGGCCACUGCCAGAGGGGAUUGGACAGAAGGAGCAGGUGAGCAGGAAAAGGAGGCGGUGGCUGCUGCUGGUGCUGCUGGAGAAGAAGGAGAGGAGAGGUAUGCAGAGGCAGGGCCUGCCCCCGCAGAGGCCUUGUAGGGGCUGGGAGGAGGCUUCAGGCAGCCUCUCGGAGCUGUGUAGCAGGCAAAUUACACCUUUGCGGGCAGAGGGAGGAAGAUCUCAGGUCAGUACAAACAGCCAUGUCUGUCUUCUCUGGGCUUGGGUCCACAGUCUCACUGGAGCCUCUUCCUGUCCAGCUCCCUACCUCAUUCACAUACUCAUACCCAUGCCUUGUGUCCGCCUUCUCAGCCAUACCCAAUAUACCCCCUUCACCAGCAAAGGUCACAGCACCGGUUCCAACUCAGAUGCCUUCCAACUGGGGGGCCUCUGAUGCUAGCCUGUGGUCUGAUGUGGAGGCCCAGGGAAUAGACCCUCAAGAGCCCCCAAGAGACAGGAGAGACUCAGAACCCCAUCAGCAGAGAAGACCUCCAGUAUAUCGCAGGCCAGGGGACUGGGACUGCCCGUGGUGUAAAGCUGUGAAUUUUUCACGGAGGGAAAAUUGCUUCCUCUGUGGGAGGCGAAUCUGGCUGCAAAAGCCUCAGUAAAUUCAGAAAUGUAAAAUAGAACAGAAAUAUAUCUCAAUGGGAAAUCAAUCUUCAGGGGGAGAGGGGAGAGGUGGGAGGGGGAUUGGGUGGAGUGGGGACAAGGGGAUGAGUGGGAAGAUUGGACAGUAGCGGGGGUGGGGAGGCGGGGUUGUGGGUGGGAGGAUGUAGAUGACAGGCAGGGAGAGACAUGUUUUAAUGACUCCCUUUGUAUUUCAGAGUAUUAGUAGUCAACACUCCAGAACUGCUGCAGUUUUUAUUUGUGUGUGUGUGUCUCUAGCUCCCUAUCUUAAGUAUCUGUUGGACCUGGGCAGUAUGUAACACCUACACUCUCUCCCUUCAUGUAGGCCUUAGAUAAUUGGAGCAGGAGUGGAUAUUUGACCAAUCCUGAGCCAAAUGAAUUUUUACGUUAGAAAAUCUGAACAGACAGGCAGAUUCCACAGUCAGAAUAGUGUUGGGCAAUGAAGCAGUGGGUCACUUGGAGUUGGGGCCAGGGUCAGAGCCAUGGACACCAAGGCCAUAGCUGAGGCCUGGCCCUGGCUGUGGAGGAACAGAACUGGAUGCUUUACAGAGUCAAGUGUCUUUUAGAGGAUGCUGGUAUGAGGUUUCAGGGAGCAGACAGGCAUAGAGGAGUUCAUCCCGUGACUCCAGAGAGAUGGAGAGGGUAGUGAUGGCCCAAUCACUUUUCACUUCCUGUAGUUGUGCUACAGGAAAAUCUACUUUACACAGAUCCCCUUUACUUUAAACUAAUUUGAGUGAGUUUCCGUUCUGAGCAAGCAGAUUAUUUCCCAGUCAGAAGUUUGUACCAGAAGAGCAAUUUUGAACAAAAGACCAUUAAAGAAAAUGGUGGGACUGGCUGGGGAGUUGCAUCAGGGUGUGGUGAGCAGUGGAGAUUCCUGAAUCCCAAGAGUUUCCGUGAAUGAACUGGAUAGGAAGUUCAUUCAUGCUCUGAGUGAGUUAUAUCACAAGAAACAAUAAAAACAAGCCCGGGAUGAACCCCAGGUUCAUCCUGACUCAAAUCAACACAGCAGAGAUUUGCCACCCCUAAGAGAAUCCCUUAGGCCUACCUACAGAAGACACCAGCACCAUGCAGGUGCAGACUGCUAUGACUAUAUGGCCCCAUGACAGGAGAAUCCUUUCCAGUCCCCAGUGAGUAGAACCAGGGACAGUCAUAUCUGAAAAGAGAACUACCACUGCCAAGGAGGUGAGUCAGCAACUGAUAGUGCUCAGAGGGUUUGCUGGUCUAGACUGAGCCAAAGCAUGGUGCCAUCUUGAGAGAUUCUCUCCCCCAACCCACCACCAUGAUAAAUGUGGGACGGAAAUCUGGCUACAAAGCUCUCAGUGAAUUCAGAAAUGUAGAAUAGAACAGAAACAUAUCCCAAUGGGAAAUCAACUUCCAGAGGGAAGGGGUGAGGUGGAGGAGGAUAGGAGUGGGUAGGGUAAGGGGGUAGGUGACAGGUUAGUCUGCUUCUCUCCCUCUGAUGAUUGUAAGUUUUGUUGAUGGGGGCUACAUGUAUGUUUUAGCCCACAGGUGGAAGGAUGAGAAGGGGCUACACCUGGACCAGACUGAGACACAACUGAAGGAGCCCUGGACAUUGCCCAGGAUCUGUGGACCUAGAGACUAAGAAGCUGUCAUGGCUCUGGGACAUCUCUGCUGCAGCUAAACUUGAUUUUUAGGUUUUCUCCUGUUGGGGAUGAACAAUAAUCAGGAUUGAGGGCCAGGUUCCUGGCCUGCAGUUUCAGAAAUGUCUUUGGGUUUCUUUAUAUAUCUCUAGGGCAGGGUUUCUUAAUCUCAGUACUCUUGACAUUUGGAGCUGGCUAAUUCUUUGUUGCAGGGUGCUGUCCAGUACAUUGUAGGAUGUUUAGCAGAAUUCCUAGCCUCUACCCACUAGUUGCCAGAGCAUCCACCCCCUCAGAGUCCCAGUUGUGACAACCAAAAAUGCCUCCAGAUACUCCCACAUGUCCACUAGAGGGCAAAAUUGUCCAGUCAGAACGGGAAGAAUUAGGAGAAAAUGUCAAUGAAGCUGAGGGGCCCUCUCAGAUAGGAGCUGAAAAGUAUCCACUGGGUCUGGCAUUUACUUCGGAUCUUCUAGCAGAUCUAGGGGAGUGGCAGGGGCAGAAGCCAAACUGCAGAAGUGAGGAGUGAGUGAGGAUGAUGUGGAGUCAGUGAGGGAGGCUCUUCCUCAAGGAUUCUUG